AUGACCAAAGCCCCAACUUUCAACAAUAAUGCCGGGAACUUCAACCAGGUUACCGGGGGCUACGUUCAGGCGGUCUUACUUCCUGAUGCUGGAAAGUCACAAGUUCCCGGAACUACACAUACACCAUUAGUGGGGCCGGCAAGCCUACUUCGCAUGGCUAGGAAAGAUGGCAGUUAUGAUGUCUAUGCUCCCACCAAAACGGCGGACUUUGAGGAGAAGGAGUCCGUUACUGUGACUGGACCUAAAGAUAGUAUCAUUACCUUUGCUGGUGAUAAAUCGACCCAAACAGCGCAGUUUACAUAUCAGGAGUAG